AAUCUCAGGGCACACAGAGCAGGGAAUUCGGUAGCAUGUGCUUUGUGCGUUGUCGUGGGCAUGCUUGGCUGAUGGUUUGGUGAUCCGUGCCGGAGCUUGGGAUAUGUCAAUCGUCCCUGCUUCUGUCUGCUUGGGUGUCAUGUCAUGUUACUAAGCGACGGCUUGUCUCAUGGCAGGCGGUGUCAUGAUUCCUUUAUUAUUAGCAGCAGCAACUGCAACAGCAGCCGCCCAGGUGAUCGGGGGGACUGUGCCACCAAGCGACGACGCUCGCGAGAGCCGCAGUCGUGGGGGAGACCCGCAUCGUCACUUGGGCGAGAGCUUAGCUUGUGCUGCAUUUGUUGUUGGGACAUUUUAAGUGGCACACCAAGGGGGCCCAGAUGGCGGGGUUGGCCUACUUACUGGCGUCAUAUGUUGAGCUUCUCUGUAGCAGGAGCUCCGGGCUGGGUCCAGGCUCAGGGUCAGGAGGACUCCCAGAAUGGCGGCGGUUCCAGGCUUACUAAGGAGGGGGCUACGCGCUGUCUCCUUCGGAGUCUUUGCUGACCCGGGCCAGGAGCAGCUAAGAACAAGACCGUCAAGUCCCCUGUAUUACUUGUCACUGGCAGUCCUGGCACAUUUCAACGAUGGCCAGCUGU